AUGGCUGCUCCAGCAGCCAUCUUCAAGAGAACCGAGGCUUACACCAAGGAGUACGCCGACGCCGAGAGAGCUCUGAUUGCUGCCAAGAGAGAGGCCAAGGCCAACGGCUCUUACUACGUUGAGGCCGAGCCAAAGCUUGUCUUUGUCGUCAGAAUCAAGGGUAUCAACAAGAUUGCUCCAAAGCCAAGAAAGGUGUUGCAAUUGCUGAGACUGACCCAGAUCAACGCUGGUGUGUUUGUGAAGGUCACCAAGGCCACCUCCGAGCUCAUCAAGUUGGUCGAGCCUUACGUUGCUUACGGCUACCCAUCGCUCUCCACCAUCAGACAGCUCAUCUACAAGAGAGGUUACGGUAAGAUCAACAAGCAGAGAAUUCCUCUGUCCGAGAACUCCAUCAUCGAGGCUUCGCUCGGCAAGUACGGUAUCAUCUCCAUUGAGGACCUGAUCCACGAGAUCUACACCGUUGGUCCAAACUUCAAGCAGGCCAACAACUUCCUGUGGCCAUUCAAGCUGUCCAACCCAUCUGGCGGCUGGGGCGUGAGAAGAAAGUUCCAGCACUUCAUCCAGGGUGGAUCUACUGGUAACAGAGAGCACUACAUCAACGAGCUGGUCAAGAAGAUGAACUAG